UUUUACAGUGUUGAGUUUUAGCAAUAUCGCUCUCUGCUCUUCUUUCACUUCUUUUAUUUUGCAAUCUGCUUUUCCCAAUCCACUACAGAAGACUACUGAGAAGAAACAUGAAUGCAUCGCUUUUGCCUCAUUUACUUUUUCAAGGUGUUCUGCUGUUUGGUGCUUUAGGAUGGGAAGUGAGAAUGCCAAAGGAAAUUCACGGCCUCAAAGGGUCCUGUCUGGUGAUUCCAUGUUCUUUCAGCUACACAUCGUACCCACCCACAGAGCCAAACAGAGUUGUGUGGUAUCAGUGGGUCUCUAAAGGUUAUCCUUUAGUCUAUGAUCCUAAAUAUGCAAAUAAUGUAAUUGACAAGUUCAGAGGAAAAACUGAUUUAUAUGGAGGCUCAAGGGGUGAUUGUAGUCUUAUAAUCAAAAACCUGGAUCAAUCCCACCAUAGAGAGAAAAUAUACCCAUGGAUCGACCCUGAAAAUGUUGGAUGGCGCACUUUUGCAUUUUAUGAUGUCACCUCUACAAUCCUUGUUGAUGCAAGUCCACAGCUACCCAGCAUCAGUAUUUCUGGAGGAGAGAAGAUGGGGGACAAGAUCACAGUAACAUGUUCAGCUUCCCACACGUGUCCAUACAGCAAACCAAACAUCAUUUUGAAUGGUAUAGAAGGAUCUGACCAAAUAAAUGAUUACUGUAGUUCAGACGGUCAGUGCAGAAGCACUCUGACACGCUCAGGUGUCGUAAAGGCAGAAAACACAACUUUUCAGUGUUCAGUAACACAUCAUGGUGGCACAACAAUGACUGCUAAAAAAAUACAAAGUUCAGAAUGUGUUCAUCAAAAAAUAACAAUUGAGCCUGAAAUGGCAGAUAUCACUGAGGGCAUCAAACAGAUCUUCACCUGUACCGUCUACCAUUCUUGUCAGAAAGAGAAUCCAAUCAUCACAUGGAAUUACAAGAACAUGCAGGUCUCAGAGGGGACAAAAACACUUUCUGUUUUUGAUCGAGUCGCCUAUUCCAACAUAAGCUUUCUGGGUACCACAGAAGACCAUGGGAAGAAGCUGACGUGCACUGCAAGAGUUUCUGGAAAAAACGUUGAAGCUUCUGUUGCCCUACGUGUACAAUGUGUUCACCGUAACAUAACAAUUGAGCCGGAAAUGGCAGAUGUCACUGUGGGUGUCGAACAGAACUUCACUUGUACCGUCCACCAUUUCUGUCAGAAAGAGAAUCCAACCAUCACAUGGAACUAUGUGAACAUGCAGGUCUCAGAAGGGAGACAAUCACUUUCUGGUUUUGAACGAGUCGCCUAUUCCACCAUAACCGUUCUGGGUGCAAAAGAAGACCAUGGGAAGAAACUGAUCUGCUCUGCAGCAUUUUCCAGAGGCAAUAUCACAGAAUCUGUUGUCUUAUAUUUGCAAAACGCGAUGCUCACUGUACUGAAGACUACUGGUCUUUACAUCCUAACACCCUCACUAGUGUUCCUCCUGGCUUGUGUAAUUGCUGGAGUCAUCAUAUGCAAGAGGCGACGCAGGUCAAAAGAUGCAAGUACAGUGUCAGGAAACAAACCUUUCAAACCUUACAUGCCGUCACCAAAAAGUCAGCCAAAAUCCAGACAUGGUAAUAAUGAUUAUGAGGAUGAUUACAACAACAUGGGAGAACUCGACAUCUAUGAAAACAACUGA